AUGAUUUCAACUGGAUCUGGAGUGUUCCUCAGGGAGGCCUCACGGGGGCCUCAGGAGGGCCUCAGGGGAGCCUCAGGAGUGUUCCUCAGGAGGGCCUCAGGAGUGUCUCAGGAGGGCCUCAGGAGUGCCUCAGGAGGGCCUCAGGAGGGCCUCAGGAGUGUUCCUCAGGAGGGCCUCAGGAGUGUUCCUCAGGAGGGCCUCAGGAGGGCCUCGGGAGGGCCUCAGGAGGGCCUCGGGAGGGCCUCAGGAGGGCCUCAGGAGUGUUCCUCAGGAGGGCCUCAGGAGUGUUCCUCAGGAGGGCCUCAGGAGGGCCUCAGGAGGGCCUCAGGAGUGUUCCUCAGGAGGGCCUCAGGAGUGUUCCUCAGGAGGGCCUCAGGAGGGCCUCGGGAGGGCCUCAGGAGUGUUCCAACGUUCAUGAUUCAAACCCACAAGUCUCUUUCAGUCUCUUCGCAGAAGUCUCGGUAG